AAGAAGAGAUAAGUCCGAAAACGAGGUUUCUGUGAGUUGAGUUGGGAGAAAGAUAUGUUGUGUGUGGUUUGAAGGACGAGAGAUGAGAUGAAAAUCAAGAAAUCGAGUAAUUGAAAUUUUUAUGAAAAGGAAAGUGUCGGUAAGAAGAAUAAUCCUUUUCCUUAUCCCUGAGAGGUUUUACUUUUUUUUUUCCUUCUUCUUUUUAAUAUUAUGUCAAAUCUCGUUUAUAAAACUAAACAGCCUCUCUGUAUCUUCUUCUUAUUGUGAUGAUGAUGGGAAAAAAACGUAGGUUGAUGAUGAUGGAAGAAGCUCUGCCCCACGACGUGGUAGAGCUCAUCUUGGAGAGACUUCCGGUGAGAUCUCUGCUGAGAUUCAAGGCUGUAUCGAAGCAAUGGAAAUCAACGAUGGAAUCACGAAACUUCCAAGAGAGGCAGUUGAAGCAUCAUCAGCAGUCAGGAGGAAGAGAUCCAGAUGUUUUCAUGUCGUCCGCAAGUACUCAAAGAACAUAUGUAAUGGGUUCAUCCUCCUCAUCGGUCAAGAUCCCUAAUCCUUGGGGUAAGGAGAACCCAACAACAACAGGCUACUUCGUGUCCGGUAAUAGCUGUGACGGUCUCGUUUGUCUCUACCAUCCCUUGGAAUCCGGUUAUGUCUUCAACCCCACCACGAGAUGGUAUCGUCCUCUUCCUCUCUGCCAAUUGCAACAACUCAUGAUCAGCCAAGGAGAGAGUUCCUACGAGAAUGAGCCCGGCAUCUUUAAGCUUGGAUUCGGUAAAGACACAUGCACAACUACUACUACUACUUAUAAGCCUGUUUGGCUAUACAACUCCGGCCUUGACAACGCUGCCACAUGCGAAGUUUUCGACUUUAGCACCAAUGCUUGGAGGUAUGUGACUCCCUCUGCUCCUUAUCGGGUUGCUAGGGUCGCCGAUCCCGUCUUUGUACACGGUUCGCUUCAUUGGUUCACAGAUUGCAAGGAAACCAAAGUUUUGUCUUUUGAUCUUCACACCGAGGCUUUUCAAGUCGUCUCUUCUAAAGCUCCUUUUCCCGCCAAUUCAUAUGAUGAGAAUCCUUACUCGAUCGUCUUGUGCAACCUCGACAACCGUCUGUGCGUGUCACACAUGAAGGGGCCCGACCAAGUGAUAUGGUCCUUCAAUUCAGGCAACAAGACGUGGGAAAAACUUUUCUCCAUCGAUCUGGAUUUGAAUUUUGUGUUAUAUGGUUCCCCAACAGUAAGCGCCUUCCGUCCACUAGUACUUUUGGAUGGCAAGAAGAAGAAGAAGAAGAAGAAGGAUUUGCUCUUUUAUGACAUUAUGAAAACUGAAUGUCUGUUGAUAUAUGACCCCGAAACAGAUCGUCUAGGGGAUUUUACUUUCACCGCUGAUAAAUCCAUGGGAUUUCUUGUUUGUUAUUUCCAGAGUUUAAUCUCUAUUUGAUUUCUUUUUGUUUUCUUGAACAAAAUUAACUUUGGGUUUUGUCUC